GCAGCCCGGGAGGAGGAGACGGCGGGGCGCGCAGCGAGCAGCGGGGCAGCCCCGCGGAGACGAACGGCGGGCGGGCGGCAGCUCCGCGCCCCGCCGCUCCCCGGCCCCAUGGCGGCGCCCCCCGCCGCCCCGCCGCCGCUCCCGCUGCUGCUGCUGCUGCUGCUGCUCGCCGCCCUGCUGCCCGCCGCCCCAGAGAAGGACAUGCCAAACAGACCUCUGAGAGUGCGUGCGCAGUCUCCAGAUGGCAGGUUUUCCUUUCGGUGGAAGCCACCUUAUGGAGCGGGCUUCAGGGGUCCACGCAGCAGAUCCCAAGGUCACCUCCGGGGGUAUGGAGAGAGCGGCCGAAGGACGAGUUACGCUCCGCUGCUGCAAGAGCGACAAAACCAGGAAGCAAGGAAACUAGCCUCUGAAUCAGUUCAUGUGGUUUCGCUGCCGUCACGGAAUACCCAAGGACGAAGUCAACCUGUCUAUAGGUCAUCUUUAACUAAAAGGAAAGUCACAGAGGAGGAAGAGGUGGAGGUGGUGCAAGACAUAACUGUUCGGGUUAUGUCCUCUCAGUCUGUGCUCGUUGCUUGGACAGACCCACUGUAUGAAAAGCAGAAGGUUGCAGCAAAUAGGCAGUACAGCGUUCGUUAUCGGGAAAAGGGGGAAUCGGCGAGGUGGGAUUACAAGCAGGUGUCCAACCGGCGGGCGCUGGUGGAGAACCUGGCACCAGACACCAUGUACGAGUUUGCCGUUCAAAUCUUGGAUGGAGAAAAGCAAGGCAAAUGGAGUGUGUCUGUUUACCAGCGAACCCCUGAGGCGGCUCCUGCCAGUGCACCUGAAAAUCUGGAUGUUUGGCCAUUAAAGGGCAAACCAACCUCUGUAGCAGCAUCCUGGGAUGCUCUCCCAGAGAGUGAAGGAAAAGUCAAAGAAUACAUUCUUUCAUACGCCCCCGCUCUCAAGCCUUUUGGAGCAAAGUCCAUCACCUACUCUGGAGCUACAACAUCAGCCAUAAUAGAUGGUCUGCAGGCCGGGGAGCGCUAUAUUUUCAAAAUUCGUGCUGCAAACAGGAGGGGACCAGGUCCUCAGUCUAAAGCCUUCAGUGUCGCCAUCCCAGCAGCUCCCAAUGAAGAUUCAGUUGCUCACCAACAAAAAAAUAUUCAAGACAAUUCAGAGGCUAAAAAACCUGUGAAUACUGGUUCAUCUCCUUCUCAGACUUCCUCUGUUUCUUCGAAAGUCCAAACGUCACUUUCCUCUAAGCAGUCAUCUGUUCGUUCACCUGGUGUUAGUGAUAAAAAGAGUCUUCUUUCUGAAUACAAGAAUAAAAUCUUGUCUCGAGGAGGGGUCCUAAGUAAAUCUCAGUUACCUUCCAGAAAGACAGAAGAGCUGGAAUCUGAUCUCCAGUCCACCGAAGUGACAGAUGAUCACAAUUCAUCCGAAGAAGCUGCAACGAUGCCACCAAAAGCCGAGGAUCAGAGGAGGGUUGUUAGACCAGUGUCCCCCAGUCGGACGGUGCACCCUGUCCUUACCGCAGGGAGGACCCCUGUUCGAUCCCACACAUCAGACGUGUCACGGCAGGCAAACACAGAGAAACGUGAGCCAUCAGCACUGUUACCGUCCUCAGCACAGCGCUCUUCUGCCUCGUCUGUUCCUAAAUACACAGACAAUGAAACAAAGCAACUGCGGCAAAGCAAUGCUAAUGUGCCUUCUCCUAAAGCUUCUUCCCUUUCUCUGCCUACUAAGAAUAAUGAUCUUGCUGGUAAUGUGGAAGAAAAGCCAGAUCCCGUGCUGGUGAAAGUGCCUUCUAAAACUUCAGAGCCCAGUCGCCUGGCUUUGCCAUCAAACCGUCAGUCUGCUGUGUCUCAUGAGGUGGUCCCAAGCCAUCCAAGUAGGUCUGGGUCUGUAGGUCAUUCACACCAACCCUCUUCCAAAUCAACAGACUCCCGUGCUCGUGACAGUCAAAAUGAAUUUGACAGUGAGGAAGCGGAGGGUAGAGCAGGACAGCCCAGUUCUAGGUCACAGCAAACAAGGCUUCCCUCAGGCUCCAGUUCUCGGACAUGGAAGGAUUCAAAAUUAGCAGCGGUGGCGGUUUCAUUGAGGUCUGCUGUUUCUAGUCACUCUUCACCUCACUCUCACUCCUCCACCAGUGCCAAAUCUAAUGGAAAGGAUGUUGAUAAGAGUUACAGGGAGGACUCACAAGAUGAAAACCCCUUACUUCCAGAUGUUGCACACAGUCCCUCUCUACCCUCUUCCAGGCAGUCUUCUUCAGCCAUCUAUUCGAAGAGAAGAAAUCCUCAUGUUGAUCCUGAUUCUCACCUCAGAGAGACACACAGUGAAAAGUCACCCCACUCUGACCCAGGAGAAGAACAACAAAGUCGAGUAGCAGCUCCAGAAAAGCAUUCUUUGCAGUCUCCUCUUUCUAAACACAAGCUUGAAGAGCAGGACAGUCAAGAAGUAAAAGAAACCCUUGCUCAAUCCAAACCAAGUGUGUCUUUGCCUAAAAAGACAUUCCCCUCUCAUCUUCCAUCCCAGAAGACCUCCCGCUCAGAGCCUCUGCAGAAGGCACAAACCAGUCCUUCCUUACUGCAUUCCAGGGGCCGGCGCCUCCCAUCCCCUGUCUUAUCCAAGAGCAAUGAAGAAUUGCAGGAAGAUGAUGAUGAGGAUGUAACAGAAGGCAGUGACAGAGCCAGCAGCCACUCUGUGUUUCCUAAAGAGGUGUCCUCUUCUAGGGGAUUACCUGCAUCUUUCUCUCAGGGAAGCUCAAGUUCGUCUCUCUCAAAGCAACAGCAGCCACGUUCUCAGGUACCUUCCUACAAUUCAAAACUUACUCAGCCAGACUCCAGUUCUGCCAGUGACACAGCAAAAGAAAAUCAGUAUAAUUUAAAGCUGUCAUCCACUUCUUCAAGGCAAACUCGUCCUUCAUUACCUACUCGAUCUAGGGCUGAUACAAGAACAGUGUCCCAAACAGAGAAAAAAUAUGGCCUGUUGCCAUCUAAAAUGUCCAAAACUGAACUUCCUCAAAAAGUUCCUUCCUCCUCUUCUAAAUCUCGUCAGUCAAUUUCUAAUGAAGAGGAUGAUUAUUACAGUGAAUAUGAUGAGAAAGAAGGGGAAGAGAAACCCACAUCUUUGGCAGCAAAGUGGUCCCCUUCUGUUUCUAUAGGUAACAAAAACACAUAUGAUGACACCACUAGCAAUACAAGGAAAUCUAUGGACACUCUUCUACCUCACAAACUAAGAUCUGAAGAGGAAGAGAAGGAAGAAACUCCAACAUUAAAAAUGUCUUCUGAAUCACCAGGCAGCUCUGCUAUAGCGUCACGAAUUACUCAUUCCCCUAACAAACAUACCCCAUCUAAACCAAGCUUUGUCUGGCCACAUCCUUCUGCAUCUACAACAGCGCAUACUGUUCCUCCAACAAUUUCUUCUUCCACUCUGUCCCCUCGACAGCGACUGCUGAACUCCAGGCUACGGAGCCCUUCACAGCGACAAUUUGUUAGACCUCCUUAUAGGCAAGGUUACAAUGGCAGGCCUAAUCUUACAACAAAAAAUGGAAAUGGAAAAAUACUACCUGGUAAUAAUGGAAAACCAAGUGGACAGAGAGUAAUCAAUGGCCCUCAAGGAACAAAGUGGAUUGUAGAUCUUGACCGAGGACUAGUGUUAAACGUUGAAGGAAAAUACCUCCAAGAUUCCCAAGGCAAACCUCUCCGAGUGAAAUUAGGAGGGGAUGGACGUACAAUUGUUGAUGAAAAGGGUGCCCCAAUGGUGAGUCCUGAUGGACUACCUUUAUUUGGACACGGCAGAUUUAGUAAGCCAGUAGCAAGUGCACAAGAUAAACCAAUAAUAAGCCUUGGAGGGAAACCUCUGAUUGGUCUUGAAAUGAUUAAGAAAACAACCACUCCCUCAACUACUACUACAACGAUUCCCACAACAACUACCACAACGACUACCACAACCACUACAACUACUAUUGCUACAACUACCACCACCACUCCUGAACCAACCACAACUCAACCACCCACUGAGAAACCACCCCCAACCUGUCCUCCAGGCACCUAUGGGCAGUAUGAUGAUGAGGGCAACUUGCUUAUAGGGUUCGAUGGCCUGCCAGAGUGCAAUGCAGAAGUAGACACAUUCUCAGGACUGGAUUCAGAUGUGACAGCAACUCCAGAGGCAUAUGUGAUAUAUGACGAUGAUUACGAGUUCUUUGAGAGCACUUUGCCACCAACCACCACCACUGUCACUACCACCACCACUUCUACAACAACUGAAUCAGAAAUAGACUAUCCAGAGACUAGUGUUGUUGGCUCUGGCCCUGUGUCAGAAUAUGAUAUUGCUGGGAAGAAACGGUUCACUGCUCCUUAUGUGACCUACCUAAACAAAGAUCCAGCAGUGCCCUGCUCCUUGACAGAGGCCCUGGAGCACUUCCAGGUGGAAAGCCUUGACGAGAUCAUCCCUAAUGACCUUAAAGAGAGAGAGCCGCGUCCCCUCAAAGCCCCUCACAACAUCACCGUUGUGGCAGUAGAAGGCUGUCACUCCUUUGUCAUCGUGGACUGGGCCAAACCUGCUCAAGGAGACAUGGUGACAGGCUAUCUGGUUUACAGUGCAUCCUAUGAUGACUUUUUGAAGAAUAAAUGGUCAACCAGGACUGCAGGCACUACCCAUUUACCAAUUGAGAACCUGAAGCCAAACACGCGGUAUUAUUUUAAAGUCCAGGCAAAGAAUCCCUUUGGUUAUGGACCUGUUAGCUCUUCAGUCUCAUUCAUCACAGAAUCUGAUAAUCCUCUCCUCAUUGUCAGACCACCUGGUGGUGAGCCUAUCUGGAUCCCAUUCACUUUCAAAUAUGACCCCACCUAUUCAGACUGCAGUGGCAAGCAGUAUGUGAAGCGAACUUGGUACCGCAAGUUUGUAGGAGUGGUUCUUUGCAACUCCUUAAGGUACAAGAUUUACCUCAGUGAUGACCUGAAAGACACCUUCUAUAGCAUUGGGGAUAGCUGGGGACGGGGUGAGGACCACUGCCAGUUUGUGGAUUCGCACCUGGAUGGAAGAACAGGACCUCAGUCGUACGUUGAAGCCCUGCCCACCAUCCGAGGGUAUUACCGCCAGUACCGCCAGGAGCCUGUAUCUUUUGGACGCAUUGGACACAUGACACCAUACUACUAUGUGGGCUGGUAUGAGUGCGGUGUGCCUAUCCCAGGGAAAUGGUAGCAGUCUGAUUUCCCGUCGUAGGCAGGACAGGCUGACCACGCUUUUUGAAUGAUUUCUACUAGAGGACUGUGAGCAGCUGAGUCGGAAAAGAAAACAAAAAACACAGAAAUGAGGCAAACCCGUGAAGACCCGCUGCUCAAGAAAACAUUUCUGCGAAGCCAGACACGGUCCUCACUUCACCAGCCUAAAUCUUUGGUGCUGCUUGAUUUCCACUUGGAAGCAUGGACAGGAUAUACGUUUGGUGUCCUACCUUCCUUCUCUGGGUCUUUAAGGCACAGAGGGGUGGUUGCAACGUGCGCAACCUGUGAAAACUAGAACUGUAUUAGCCAUGAAAAUGUGGAAGUUUCUUAUAUCUUGCAGGAAUGACCUAAGCAUGCUGUGCUUGCUGAAUGGAAUGCUAAACUGUCCCUGGCUGCCAGCGGCGGGUGCUGCUGCAGCCCGGCCCAGCCUGGCCUACCAGGGCUCCCCUAUGCAGUCGUGCCACGUAGCUGGCUGCCCACCAAAGGCAAUAUAUUCUCCUGAAGACUUACCCUGUGGGUUCACCCCCUGCUGGACUAAUCACCAGGUCACAGUGUAAAUUCACUUUGAUAUAUAUAUAUAUCUAUAUAUAUCUAUAUAAGUACAAUACUGUACAUCUGCAGAAGUACUGCUUAGAGAUGCUGAGAUUUUCUUGUUCACUAGAUAAAUAUAUUUGGAAUUUUUAUGUAAAAGGUGCUGUUAAUUCUUUGAGAUAUUGCUAUGCACAAUAUAUUAACCAAGGAAAGAGCUAUAUUCUUCUUGUGAGUACUGUUGAUCUGACAUUUGAAAUACUGAUCAAAGACCUGUGUCCCAUUUCCUUGGCAGCCUAUGGACUGGAUGUUCAAUGGGAAUCUACCCCUCUGUCCAUGUUAGAGUGGCACUGUUAUAGUACAGCAAAAAUGCUUAUUCAGCAGUUUAUCAGCACUUUUAAACUUUCUGUCCUUUGCUGUUGUGGUGGUUAACACCAAUAGGUAGCUAAGGUCCACCACGCUGCUCUCAUCACUCUCUCUCCUCAAGAAAAUGCAGGGAGAAAAUACGAUGAAAAAAAAAAAAAGCUCAUAGGUUGAGAAAAGGUGCAACCUUUCUUUAAUCCAUUCUAAUCUCAUUGAUGACAAAUACAUCAACAAGUUAUUUAUUCCUUUAUUCCUUCAUUGUCUUUCACUUCACUGUGUGGAGGCAUGGGACAAGUAACUUGCAAAUGGGAAACUGCCCUUAACUUAUUUGCCCUCCAAAAAGAAGCCCAAGAUGCAAAUAGCAGGAAAUGCCUCUGUCUUUGAUCCAUCCUGGGGACAAAUUGGGAUCCAAUUCCUUUAAAAUACUACCAGAAUGUCUUCCAUCCAGAUCAGAAAGCAAAAGCUGGCAUGGCUUAAAGCUAUAAAGGUGACUUUUAGCAGGCAUUGGAAGCUUGCAAUAGUGUAGGGUUUUGGUAGCCCUUCUGGGCAAUCGAGCAUUAAUGGUUUCCUCAGUAACUUUUGUGGUCUUAUCAUUUCCUUGUAAUAUCUCAUCACCUUCUCUCAUGUUAGUGAGACUCCACCAUUCUGACAGGCUGGGAGAGUAGCAGCAUACAUGGGGGACAGAUCCAGUCUCUGGUCCCUCUCUCACUCUCCUUCCAGCUUACAUUUAGUAUAGCACUAAUAUCUUUUGAGUUCCUUCCUGUAGUUAUUGUAAAUUGUAUGGGGAGAAAAUGGACUAAAGUGAUUAGAGAGCAUUUUAUUUUUCAUGGUGAUUUGGGUUUUAACAUUUUAAUUAUUCUCAAAUACUUUUGCUUCAGUACAGUGCCAAAUAUAUGGUCUUGAAAUAUACCUUUUUUUCCCUAAUAAACUUAUGAUACAUGGUUCCAUUUCUA